AUGUGUGAUCUAUUUCAAGCUAAUCCAUGGAAACCAUUAUUAUGUACAAAUUGUCAUCAAAAUCGUUCAGGUCAUCAAAUAAUUGAUAUAAAUGAAAAUAAAUGUGAACAUAUAAUGUCAGAUAAAUCUAAAGAAUUACCAUCAUCAUCUUCAUCAAUGCAUCUUUAUGAAGAAAUUAUGGCACAAUAUUUUACAAUCAAUACAACUGAUGUAAAUACAUUACAAUCAACAUCUGUUAUUGAAUGUUUACCAACAUCAAAUGAAAAUAAUAAUAAUAAUAAUAUUGAUGAUAUUGAUGAUGAUUCAUUUUCUGAUGAAGAACAAGAUUUAAUAAAGCAAACAGUACCUAUUGAAUUUAUACAAAAUCAAUCAAUGAUUAAUACACAAGGUAUUGUUCUUAUUGGACCUGAUUUACGAACAAAACAAAUAACAACAAAAAAACAAAAAAAAAUUAAUUUAUUAAAAAAAAGUAAAAGUAAUGCUGAUGAAUGUUUGAAAAAAACCGAUAUAACCGAUAAUAAUAAUAAUAAUACUUCAAAAUUAUGGUGGUUUAAAGUAAAAAAAACAAAUUCAUCUUCAAUUGUUCAAAAUGAAUCAACAACUGAUUCAAAUAAACCAAAUAUUUCAAGUCCAAUAUUGAAUAGUCAAAAUCAACAAGCAAGAAUUCGUGUUUUACCUGAACUCAAUAAAUUAACAUUGAAUGAAGGUAUACUUGUUGAUUAA